GUUUGUUCAGAAUGAGGAUUUCCCCGCAGCUUCUCUCAGUUCCUCUUGUUGCCUCUCAUCGGAUCAUAAAGGUAAAAGCUCUCUAACGUUCUGUCAUUUAUACUUGGGUGACAGCUGAAGCUGCCUGAAAAGGUUUGUGACCGAGAAGAUGACUGAGCCCCUCACUCCAACCGAGCCUCUCAUCGGGGCUCGAAGCGACACAUCCAUCAAUGUAGGAGCUCCCCAGGCUUCAGGUGGCCGCUCCACCCGCGCCUACAAGGUGGCAGGUUUGACGCUGCUGGGCUGCGUCCUGAUCAUGGGCCAGGCUAUGAUUGUCUACUUCCUCUACUCCCAGAAGAGUGACAUCAAUUCUCUGCAGGAGCAGAGCCACAAACUGAACACAGAGAUGACAAACCAAAGAUCUGUCUCCGUGCCAAAGAGGAUGCAAAUUCCCAUGGAUGUCAUGCCCAAGUUGAGUGAUGUUUCUAUGGAUGAGGUAAAUAAGGAGGCGUCUACAGGAUCCCCAGAGAAAUCUGAUCCGGAGCCGAGCACCACCUGCCAGCUGGAGGCUAGCGGCCUCGCGCCCGUGCCUGUGCCUGGUUUUCGCCCUAAGUGCGAUGAGCGUGGUCGGUACCGUGCCGAGCAGUGCUUCAUGGGCAGCUGCUGGUGUGUCAACCCAGACAACGGCCAGGAGAUCCCGGGAACGCUGGUGAACGGACGGGCUCAAUGCAUGGCGUCUCUUUUCACGGGUGGCAUGUCGCUUGCUCUCUCUGAUGCUGAAGAACAGUAACUGAUGGUGAACUCUCCACCAGAUAUGAGCAACAGCCCAGCUUCAAAUCACAAGUGCUUCAGUUAUCUCAACUAUCAUCAAAAUGAUCAAAGUAAAAGCAUAUGGCAAGUUAAUCAGGUUCUAUGUGCUGCUGAUGAAUUCCCAACAUAUAACUACCUAUCUGCUUGCUAUUCUUUCAUAUGUAACCAAUAUUUUAUGGUUGGGGUGAAUUUUCCUUUGUUACAGGAAAUUAUAGUCUUACGAGUUUAGUGUGGGUACUUUGACAAUAAACUAAACCAAGGGGACAUUAUAGUUAAUAUUAAUAUAAUUUUGUACAGUACAUCUGAUAGAACAGUUCUGGCAACAAGUAGAUUAAAUUCUAGUGUCCCUUUAAACUAUGUUUUUAAUAAAAUAUCAAAUGAAUAGCAUGAUGUGUUAAAUGGCUUUAACCAAAUGAAUGGGAACUGAAAACAUUUGCACACAAUCAGGUACAACUACGACUGCAAUUGUAUUUUUCUCAUUUAUUUGAACCCCAAUAAAAUUAUUAAAUACA